CAUCAGCCGUCCCUGCAGACAAGCUAUUAUCUCCUGGCCUCUCUCUUCCACCAAGAAUAGGCCUCUUUGAAGUAAUGUUCGAGCCAGUGAUCCGGUAUCGACGCUACUAGCUGCAUGAACUAAACAGGCAGAAGGAGGAUACCCGAACCGUGAUGACGGGGCAAUACGGUAUGACAGGCUAAAGGUAACUUGAGGGUUAACACUUUCCGAGUCAGGCCAACUACCAGUUCCAGGACUCUUGUCGUUUACGGACAUCGGGUUGGGUACGAAGCUGAAGGGAGGGAGUGCAAUGUCAACAAGUAUCAAGAGCACAUAAGGUGAGGAUUUUCCGUCUCUGCUCAUCAGACGAAAAGCUUCAAGGCCAGGCAAACCUCUGCUCUUUCUCUGGUACCGCAGACAAAAAUUCCAGGUAGAAUGUUCACAGCCUACCACAAUUUCACUCUCAGCAUGUCUCUCCGCAACACGAUCAAAGAACUCCGGCGAGGUACUUCCACCAACAACCCAGCUCCAUCUUCGAACACGCAAAUUUCACAGAGCAGGUCGUGCCCGCAGACCACAACUGGAGAGUACUUCGAUGCAUGUCCGGCAUACCACUACCCGACAUCCUCGCCCAGACAACACGUCACCUCGGACCCUUUACGCAGCCUCCUCGAGGACGCGCUCGACCCAUAUUUCGACUCGGAAGACGCCCCUCCACCAUACAUGCAGCUCUCCAACGGGGACAGAAAGCCUGAAUACUCGAGGUCCGAUCCUGCUCUGACCUCCGACUCAAACCUCUCUCGGAUGGACGGCGCCCUGUGCCUCCGGUGCAACGCCCGCAAGGCCAAGGCAUGGUAUCUCCGGCAGACGGCGCGCACCAGCCCAUAAUCCACGCGCUAUACAACCAUAGAGGUGACGGAUAACCCGGUCAGACAUAUGUACCAAAAGCUGCUCAAAGUUAGCGUAGGAGUGAGGCGUAACGGAGGGAUGCAGGCAAUUCGAGUGGUGUAUUCUGGGUUAAUAGCGAUGGCAAAACCAUGAUUUCGAGAUGCGGUAGUGUAGCUACGAGUUGAUCGAUCUAGCCAAGGUUCCGGCCUGUCGAACACGAUUCUUUGGUUCCCUU